AGGCAAUGUGCUUUCAAGAAACAAUGGGCCUUCUUCCUAUUCUGGGACCCGGUGCGCCUAUUGUCAUUUGCACAUCACCUGCUAUCCCAUCUUUUGGUCCUUCAUCCCAACUCCGGUCCCAGGUCUCAACUUAUUCACUGAUCCACCAGCCUCCGGGAGUCCGGGCCAGUCAAGUCACUAGCCUGCCUGGGUCCGUCUUAUUCUCCCGUCCGUCGUCUUAUUGACGCACUUUCUUUCUAUUGUUCACUCACCUCCUCACCUGUUCGUUUCCCAUUCUUCACCUAUUCAUAUCUCCAGUAUGCAGUCAUAGUGGGCAAGCCUUUCUGAUUUGGAUACCCUCUUGUUUCCUUUGACUCACUUCUCUUGUUCCUUUCUCUUGCUCAUUUGCAUGUCCUUUUUUCCUUUUUCCCGGUCUUCGGCUCAGUAAUUCUUUCUCGAGAGUGUUCAUCCAGCUGGUCUAGACGAGUGAACAGCAGUUUUCUGUCUUUUUUUUUCUCCUAGCAGACAUACACCACGCGCUCUCACGGCAUUCGCUUGACUUUUCACUUUUCGACUUUUGCACGAUUAGUAGACAACUACACGAUAUACUACACCAUCUUGCUGGUUCAAGAAUAAGAACGAUAUAUCAAAAUUAUGGUUUACAACGAAAAGAAUGGAGGUGGCAUCCCUCCAGUCCCACUCUCUCUUAAUACGGCAACCCCAUGGCAGAAUGUCAACCUCCACAAUGACCAACAGACCGAGCCCCAGCUAAAAUCGCACCCCGAUACCGAUCCCCGAAUCACUCCCUAUCUCGGCUUGCGAGCGAGGCUAUCACAGCUAUGGUUCAACCGGUGGACGAUUCUGUUGAUUUUGGUCCUGAUCCGCGUCAUCAUCCUCACAGCAAACCUCAAGGAAAACCUCGGCGAUGCCAAGGCCAAGGCCCUCUCAGCAUGUACAAAGGUCGAAGACGUCGGUAGCGCCAUGGCGUCCAUGCCUUAUUACAUGUCCAAGGGCGUCAACGUCAUGGCCGCCGGCAGCAUGCAAAAGGCGGUGGAAGCAAUGGCAUCAGUCCUCAAGAUGAUCCUCACGGGCGUCCAGGCCAUCAUCAUGUUUGUCAUCAACAUGUACAUUGGCACCUUUGCCUGUCUGGUGGCAGCCUUCAUCCACGGCGGUCUGCACGUGGCGACUGCGGUAGUCGAGGGCGCAACCAAGGUGAUGAACGACGCCAUUUCGUCCAUCACCAAGGGUAUCACGGACGACAUGAAGAGCUUCCAGAGUGCCAUCGACAAGGCAAGGGAUUUCAUCAACAGCGGCAUCGGUCUCAUCAGCAAGGACAUCCAACUUCCAACUAUCAACAUUGACAGCCACAUCAGGGACCUCCAGGGGAUCAAGAUCAAUGCUAACGGCGUCGUCAAUGGCCUGGAUGUCCUCGACCAAAAGAUCCCGACGUUUGACGAAGCCAAAAACCUGACCGAGUCAGCCCUCGCCAUCCCCUUCAACCUCGUCAAGGGCAAGAUCGAUACCGCCUUUUCCGAGUUCACGAUUGAGCCCACCAUCUUCCCCACUGCGGAGAAGCAAGCCUUGUCCUUCUGCUCCAACAACUCCUUCCUCAACGACUUUUUCGAGUCCCUGAUCACCCUCGUUUACAAGGCCAAGAUUGCCUUUCUGGUCGUCAUCAUCAUUCUCGCCCUGCUCGCCAUUUUCGUCAUGGGCUACAUUGAAUAUCGCGGCUUCAAGCGCGAAAGAGAGCGGGCUGCCAGAAUGGACGCCAACGCCUUCAACUCCCAGGACGCCAUCUACAUCGCCUCGCGCCGCUGGACUGCCGACGGCGGCAUGAGACUCGCCAAAUGGUGGACCAAGGAUACAGACAGCAAGAACUAUCUCUUGAUCCGAUGGGCCUUUGCGUAUGCCACCUCCCUGCCUGCCCUCUUCGUGCUUUCCCUCGCCGUUGCCGGUAUGUUGUCCUGCCUCUUCCAGUGGGUGCUCCUCCGGCAGAUCGAGAAGAAAGCGCCCGAGCUUGCAGCGCAAGUGGGCGAUUUCGCCGGUGACGUGGUCGGGACUCUGAAGCAAGUGAGCAACAACUGGGCCAACAGUUCCAAUGCGGUCGUCGCCAAUAUGGAAUCGGACAUCAACAGCGAUCUCUUUGGCUGGGUGCGCGAGGCCACAGAAUCCGUCAACAACACCCUCACCGUCCUCGACGACCAGAUUGACCACGCUCUGGUGGCCGUCUUCAACGGCACCGUCCUGCUCGACACAGCCCGCGACGUUGUCGGUUGCCUCAUCGGCCGCAAGAUCGACGCCGUCCAGGACGGCCUAACGUGGGUGCACGACCAUGCCAAGGUCACCCUCCCGCGGUUCGACGACGACAUCUUUUCCGCCGGCGCGGCGCAGAGCAUGGGUAGUGACGGCGACCUCUCGAGCUUCUUGGCCAAGCCCGGCGCAGUGACAACCGACGAGAUCAACGAGGCCGUAGGGAAAGUAAUCAGGUCGCUGCGCAACGGUGUCAUCCAAGAAGCUCUGAUCACGCUCGGUCUGUUUUUAACAUACGUCAUCGUCGUCCUCAUCGGCGUCAUGGGCGCAUUGAUAGGAUGGGCCACACCAGGCAAAACUCGCGGGGAGGGCGGACAGCAAUUCGGUGGUCGCCCCCCUUCCUUCCAUAACCAUAAUGGCUUCGACCCUGCGCUAGCGCCUAGUAAUGCCAUGGUCGGUAAUCCUGCUAGUCCUCAUUAUCAGAAUGAGAAGUUUGGAGGUGGAGGAGGCAUGCACGACGUGGCGUCCCCUGCUUAUGAGGAGGUGGUGUAUGCCGGCCGCGUGCCUGUCGGAAAUACGAGGGAGCUGAUUACGAGGUAUCCGAGCCAUCAGAGGACGAGCAGUUAUCCGACUGUGGAGAGCCCAGACCCGAUGCCGCAUGGGGAUGAGAAGGUGCCGGGGUAUUUUACGCCUAUUUAGCCCGGGGUAAGAGGAGGAAUUGAAGUGAACUGAACUGAACUAGCUGUGUCGGGCUGGUUGUGGAGUUUGUACGUGGGAAAGAAGCUUUCCUUUGUUUCGCACGUGGUUGAGCAAAUCGCAAUGCAUUUUCGGCUUGGCUUGGAGUUUUGAGGACAAGGGUCUUGGGUAUGUUUAACAAGGGAUGGGAAGAUUUGCAUGCUGCGGGGGUUUUUCUUUUCAAGUCAAUCAUUUACUGCGGACCAUUUCGUACCAAAAAAAAGUCUGGAAUUCUGGAUAUUUGCUGAAAGGAAGGACGAAGGGAAGGAGGUAGAGCAAACAAAGUCCCAUCUGGUUAAUGGCAAGCAAGCAAGCAAAGUUGGAUAGGACCUUACUUAUGGAUUUCAUGGACUUGAUGUUGAAUAGGCAUGGGUUUGUCGACGGGAUGAGAUGAUUGUUAUUACUGUAGAAUAAUGACGGCCGCUAGGCCAUGAAUCCGAACUUGAACCUGAACCUGA